GGAUCUGUCAAAAAUGAGAAAAAAUGAAGUUUAUUGUGAUAACCUCGAAAUUAUUUGAAACUUUUCUGCUUUUUUACCGCAACAUUAUCGUUCUUUUACGUUUUUACAGCUAUGGAAGGAAAACUUCCACUAAUAAUCAAAUGGAGCGGAAAAGAAUACGAGGUUUACAUCUCAGAGGACGACUCCGUGGCUGAUCUGAAGCGAGAAAUCCUUUACAAGACCGCUGUGAGGCCAGAAAGACAAAAACUUUUAAACAUAAAAAUGAAAGGCAAAGGUUCAGACGAGGAAUGUAAAAUAAGCAGUCUCAAACUGAAACCAAACUUUAAGAUUAUGAUGAUGGGAUCUCUCGAACAAGACAUUGUAGAGGCCAAUACGGCUCCUUCAAAUUUACCAGAAGUAGUUAAUGAUUUUGAUAUAGAAGAUGAAGCAGUAGCUAUAGAAAACCAAGAAGUAUAUCUUGCUAAAGUUUCACGUAGAGUUAAGGAGUACGAGGUUAAAAUACUGAACGAGUUAAGACCAGGAAAGAAACUGCUUGUGCUAGAUAUUGAUUAUACACUAUUUGAUCACAGGACAACAGCACAAUCUGGUGCUGAAUUAAUGAGACCUUAUUUGCAUGAAUUUCUAACAAGUGCAUACGAGGAUUAUGAUAUAGUGAUAUGGUCAGCAACCAACAUGAAAUGGAUUAUAGAAAAAAUGAAGUUGUUAGGAGUUGAUAAACAUCCGGACUAUAAAAUUGCAUUUUAUUUGGAUUCGUUGGCGAUGAUUUCAGUUCACACACCCAAAUAUGGAGUCAUAGAUGUAAAACCCUUGGGAGUUAUUUGGGGUAAAUAUGAACAGUAUUCCACAAAAAAUACGAUAAUGUUUGACGAUAUUAGACGUAAUUUUAUCAUGAACCCAAAAAAUGGUCUCAGAAUCAGACCAUUUAGGGAAGCACAUUUAAACAGAUAUAAAGACGACGAACUGCUGAGAUUGUCGAAAUAUUUGAAAGACUUGGCGGAACAUUGCGCGGAUUUUUCCUCUGUGAAUCACCGGCACUGGGAGAAAUACAAGCCUAAAAAAAGGAGGCACAGCAAAGAUAGCAGAGAUAACAAAGAUAGGGAUAGGACAGAUAGAAUAGACAAGGCAGAAAGUUAAAAAUAAAUUAAUAAAUAAAGUUUAUGUUUAUAGGUCUUAGUUUUGGUGUGAUGUGUUUUUUUUCUAGGAUGAAGAUAGUUGCAUUUAAAGAAAGGGGACUCAAGUAUAUUUUUUCAGUUCGCCCUGUAUAAAACACACGACUUAAAGAAAUAUUUUUAGUAUAAAAUUGUUUUCAGAUAUUUUAGAAACGCCUUGUAUAUUUAUAUGGACAAGACACUGUUUGUUGUGGCUUAAAAAAAAAUAAUUUAAAUAAAUAUUGAGUCGUCUUCUUUGCUAAUGUCCGUGCAACAAUUGAAAAAGUCCCGGUGUACCAAAAAAAUAAUCAAAUUAUGAAUAAAAAAGUGUUCAUAUAUUAGUUGGCAUUACUGUAUUAAUUGUUAUAAAAAAUCAAAGCCAAUAAAUUACUCUAUUAUUCUGACA